CGCCCGGGGGGGUGGAGGAGUUUUUGUGGGGGGCGUUUGGGGAGUGGGGGGACUUGGAGAGCGUGCGGGUGGUGGGGGCGAAGGGCUUUGGGUUCGUCACGUUUGCCUACAGAGUCCAGGCGGAGUUCGCAAAGCUGGCGAUGGCCGACCAGCCCUUUCCGCCCUUCGCGCCGCUGCUGACCGUCAAGUGGGCCCACCAGGAGGCCCCCAAGCGCGCGCUGGCCUUCCCGGAGGGCCCCCGCAAGCUCAGGGCCCCCAGGGGGCCCCCCGAGGACCCCCAGCUGGCGGCCCAGGCCCUCCACAGCUACUGCGCCGCCUGGCAAAACUACUGGGCACACGCCCAGCAGCAACAGCAGGAGCAGCAGGAACAGGCGCUGCAGCAGCAGCAGGUGCUGCUGCAGCAGCAGCAGGUGCUGCUGCAGCAGCAGCAGGUGCUGCAGCAGCAGCAGCAGCAGCAGGGCGGCGAGGGAGAGGCUGCGGGAGAAGAGUGGCCGCAGGAAGACCCCGAGACUGCGCAUGCAAACGUGGAGCGCUUAAUGAAUGUUUUGAGCCGCGUCGAAGGCCUUUCGACUUCCGACUUCCUCAACGCCGGGCCCCGCGGUGUACAGACACCCCAGCCCUGA